ACAUACAAUUUUGUUCGAAUGUUUAAUAUUUUUUAUUAUAAAUAUAUAUAUAUAUGUAUAGAUAUCAUGUCGAAAAGAAAAGGAGUUUCUCUUGAUGAGAAACGUAUGAGAAUGUUGCAAAUAUUUUAUGAGAAGAAAGAAUUUUUUACACUGAAGGAACUCGAAAAGAUCGCGCCAAAGGAUAAGAACAUUGUAGUACAAGCUGUCAAAGAUGUGUUACAAGCUUUAGUGGACGAUGGUUUGGUACGAUCUGAAAAAAUUGGUACUUCCACAUAUUUCUGGAGAUUCCCGGGUGAAAAUAUUACUACAACAGAACGCAGAAUAGCUGAUAUAAGCAAAAAGUUAGUAGAAGUAGAAUUUAAGCUGGAAAAACUGAAAGAAGAAGUACAGAAAGAAAAGGAACUGAAGAAUGAUACAGAAGAAAAGAGAAAGCUAUUGGAGGAAGUAGAACAGCUAAAGAAAGAAGAACAAGAGAUAAAGAAACAAAUUGCAAAAUUCAGCAACGUUGAUCCAGAAGUAAUUGUAGAAAUGGAUAAAAAAGCGCAGAAAUACAAAGAUGGGACCAAUAUAUGGACGGACAACAUUUUUGCUAUACAAAGCUGGUGCAAGAAUAAAUUUUGCAUUUCGGAGCAAGAUCUUAAUAAACAGUUUAACAUUCCCGAGGACUUAGACUACAAAGAAUGAAUUUGAUUGUUAGUUCAUGCAACUGGUUGUCAAUAAGUUGAAUAAAUUAUUUUUUCUACA